ACCUCUGCACAGUUGCUGCAGGUGGAAGAGUACCUUUCAGUGGCUGCCCCCUUUGGUCUGCUGCAGUUUACACGUCCAAGUGUGGUUCGUGAAAUCCUCAGGGACAAGGAGCUGUCUCCACCUGCGGAUGGUGUCUCUAAGGUACCUGCAUGGAGGCCAACAGCAUUCUAUGGGAAACCAGUGCUGCGUAUUCAGCUUCGAGAGAUUGUUCAGUCUACACAGUGUGAGCGUCCUGAUGUGAGCCCCACGGCCGAGGUGACUGGAAUCCUGCAAGUGCAUGCAGAGCUGGAAUGCCGUGAGCUCUCUGUUACCGUGGUGUCCAGCGAGGCACUGUCACUACUCUGGCAGUUGGCGUGCAACUCACCACUCACCAAGGUGCACAAGGUGCCCAAAUAUGGUGCAUUCACAUGAGCCCGCCACCUACGCAUCCUGUUGAAGCAGUGCGCUACUUCCUGCCGCCACCAGUUGCAGUGCCCCCCAUCUUGGGCCUCUACUCUAUGAGGGGGGACAAGCGUAUUGAUUUUCUUCUCCAAUUGAAGCUCAAGCAGGCAUCAAGAAC